AUGUCAGAUCAUAAAGCGAUAGAAGCACAAGAUGCUUCAGAGCCCGAAAUGAAGCAAGAAAAACCAUCGAUCGACAUAGAAGCGCAGCAACCCGAUAGUGGCGAUGUACAUCAUAUCGAUGGCAAUAACGCCCAGCAAAAGCGUAGCUUCUCUGCUUUCGCAUCUCUAGGCCUGCUGGAUCGCUUUCUUGCAGUCUGGAUCUUCUUGGCCAUGGCUGUAGGAAUAAUCCUCGGGAAUUUUGUCCCAUCAAUGUCGCCAGCACUAGAAAAAGGAAAAUUCGUUGGAGUGUCUGUUCCAAUAGCCAUUGGACUGCUGGUGAUGAUGUAUCCCAUUCUGUGCAAGGUCCAAUACGAAUCCCUUCACAAGCUCUUGAACAAAAAGGAGCUGUGGAAGCAAAUCGGCUUCAGCGUUUUCGUGAAUUGGAUCAUAGCUCCGUUUCUUAUGCUUGCGCUGUCGUGGGCAUUUCUUCCAGACAAGAGUCAUCUCCGAACUGGCCUUAUUCUCGUCGGCCUUGGCAGAUGCAUCGCAAUGGUCCUAAUCUGGAACGCCCUCGCCGGCGGGAACAACGACUACUGCGCCAUCUUGGUUGCAGUCAACUCCAUUCUGCAAAUAGUUCUCUUUGCGCCGCUCGCCAUCUUCUUUCUUAAUGUCAUCAGCGAUGAGAAUGACAUCGCCCCUAUCUCGUAUUCGGUCGUCGCAACGAGCGUGGCAGCGUUUUUAGGCAUUCCCCUAGGCGCUGCCGUAAUAACGAGGUUUGGUCUCCGAUUCAUCGCGGGGCCGGCAUGGUAUGACCGCAUAUUCAUCCGCUUUGUCUCGCCAUGGUCUCUUAUCGGGCUUUUAUAUACCAUUUUGGUCUUGUUUGCUGCCCAAGGCCAUCAAGUGGUACACCAGAUUGUUUCAGUUCUUCGUGUUGCCGCUCCACUUGUUGUAUACUUUGCCAUUGUCUUUUUCACGACCGUGGGCAUUUGUCGGAUGCUUGGGUUUGAAUACCAGUUUCUUGUGACGCAGAGCUUCACAGCGGCUAGUAACAACUUUGAGUUGGCCAUUGCUGUAGCUGUUGCAACUUUUGGUCCGAACAGUGAUGAGGCAUUGGCAUCCACCGUCGGGCCUUUGAUAGAAGUGCCUGUUUUGCUGGGCUUGGUAUAUGCUCUUCGAUGGGUCGCCAAUAGAUGGGGCUGGAAAUAG